CACCGACUCCUUCACGGAUUCCGGAUCUUCUUUGGCCUGUACUUAAGUGAAAUCCCGCUUCGAACCCGCCAAUUAGGGUUUCUUUCCGCCCGUUUGAUUUGAAUGACCGAAACCCCCCAAAAAGGGGCAACUUUCCCGAGGCCAUCAAACCCAUCCCGCCUCAAAUGUCGGAGGGCAACCGGCGGCCGACUCCACCACACCGACCCAGGCCGCGCCUCCCUUGUUCUCCUUCUUCCCAGUUCAACGGUACCGGCUGGCUCGCGCGCGGCGCCGUUGACGCUCGUGGAUCGGUCUCUGCUGCUUAGUAGUGGCCCCUGCACGGAAAAAGUCUCUGCCUUCCUUCCCAAGAAAACGUGGGCAAUCAUGAAGAUUCAAGACGAAGAAGAGAUCAAAUACUACUGAGCCUACCUCCUCCUGCUCGUCCUCCUUAGCGUGUUCUCCAAUCUCGAUCUGGUGAGCGAGUUAGUAGCUGCCGGUUCGUUUGGAUGCCCAGCAUGGCGGCGAUGGCAUUGGAGCGGCUGUUGGAGCCAAACGGGGGUCAAUCCGCCGUCGCCUUCUCUGCCUCCGACCGAGAUCUCCAAGCCGAGGAUGACGACAACAGCAAGAAGUAUCUCUCGGCUCGUCAGCAACUCUUUCUUUUCUCCCCGGAGCUCGCUUUCCCUAAUUCCUUCCCACCCUCUCGCGACUCCUCCCCCUCCGCCUUCCCUCGUGUCCUUAACGGAAAUAUUUGUAGCCUGAGCAGCAACAACACCGGCGCCUGGCCCGUCUCUUCAGGUUGUGGUGGCUUCCGGUUUCAGCGGAAGCGUGAUGCUCAUCGGGGAGUUGAGUUUUGCUUGGCUGCAGGGAAGCUGCCGAUGGACAGACGUAAAGGCAACGAGGAGAGCGGCCGCUUGGAUGCCUCUUGCAGAGGGGAGGAGAAGGGAACAAAUGGACUGGAAAGGGAAGUCCUGGACAGGGACGUUGGUGAAGAUGACGAUGAAGAUGGUUUCUGGAGCCCUCGUGAGACAAGGAGCGUUACGAGCUGCUGCAGUGGCGAAAGCUCCGCAGGAUUUGGGAGCCGCACACCUAACCAUACCGAAUUCUAUGAUGCCAUUGAAGAUUUCAUCUCAGAUGGUUCUGCUUCACAGUCAUCUCUGUCCUCGAGUAUAAAAUAUGAAAAGGAACUAUGCACUUUACGGGUCGACCUUAUUGAAGAGAUUGAGAGACGAAAGACAACUGAGAUGGCCCUUCUCCAUAUGCAGACCCAGUGGGGGAGAUUAGCAGAGAGUCUGUCUCAAAUUGGAGUUACAUAUCCUGUAAGCCAGCAAGCUGGAGGAUUUCAGCUUGAGAUAGAUCCUGCAGAACUCUGCCAGGAGAUUCUAGUUACAAGAUAUGUUUCUGAAGCUGUUGAAAGGGGUUUGGCCCGGGCUGAAACUGAAGCAGCUGCACAGGCAGUUGUUGAUAUGAAGAACCAUGAGAUAUCUCGGCUGCGAGAACGAAUUCACUAUUAUGAGGCUGUGAACCGUGAGAUGUCACUGAGGAAUCAGGAAAUCAUCAAGUUGGCUCGCCAAAAUCGUGUAAGAAGAAGACGGCAACGAAGAUGGAUUUGGAGCGGCCUCGGCUUGGCUGUCCUUGUUGGUGCUUCUAUGCUUGCAUCCUCACAUCUAGGGUACACUGUCGACGACCUGCUUACCUUGGUCUACCAUAAUUCUGAGGAUGCAUCUUGCGAUGGUUCAGAUUGACGUACCUGCUUUUAGACUGUUAAUAUAGCUUUGUGUCUUAGAUCAUAGAAUCAAAUGUAGUGCAGUCGAAGCUUCUCUUAUGAAGCUAAACCUCGUGUUAAAAUUAUCUGUCAUCCUUAGAGUUUGAAUGAUUAGAAUAUGUAGAUUUUUGCAGUA